AUGGCGCCCCACCACCAAUUCGACACCGUCAAGCGGAAAUGGUACCACAUCAAAUGGUUUGCCGACAGCGACACCCCUCGCGAGCGACGUCUCAUCAUGAAGCUCGACCUUCUCAUCGUCCCUUAUGCUUUCCUUGCCUAUUGGAUCAAGUACAUUGACCAGGCCAAUCUCAACAACGCAUACGUAGCCGGCCUAAAAGAAGACCUCAACUUCCACGGCAACGAGCUAGUCCAGCUACAAACACUCUACACCGUCGGCGCCGUCGUCGGCCAAAUCCCCUUCAUGUUUCUCUUCACUUACUUACCAAUGCACUGGACGAUUCCCUUCCUCGACAUCGCCUGGGGUUUCUUCACCCUGGCUCAAUACCGCGCCAACUCCUUCGGGCAAAUGGCCGCCUACCGCUUCUUGAUCGGAUGGUUCGAAGCGGCGUUUUACCCAGCUAUGCACUACAUCUUCGGCAGCUGGUACCGGGGCGAUGAGAUAUCCCGUAGAGGAGGCGUGUUUUACACCGGGCUGACGCUGGGGACGCUCACUGCUGGGUUGAUUCAGAGCGGAGCGAGUGCGAGACUGGAAGACGUCAAUGGCCUGGCGGGUUGGCGGUGGAUGUACAUCAUUUGCGCACUGAUCACGAUUCCCGUCGGGAUCCUGGGGUAUUUCAUCCUGCCCGGCACGCCGGAACAUCCAAACAAGUGGUUCCUGAAAGACGAGGACGUGCAGAUUGCGAAACAAAGAUUGGCGCGGGUCGGACAUUCGGUUGUUCAUCCCAAGUUCAAGCUUUCCACCUUGAAAAGCCUGGCGAAUAACUGGAAGUUCUGGGCCCUGCUCGUGCUGGACAUUUUCUUCUGGAACGGCAGCAUCAACUACUCCGCGGGCGGGUACCUGCUCUGGCUGAAGAGUCUGGGCAAGUACAGCCAGAGCAAAGUCAACGAGCUGGGAACUAUCAGUCCGGCCAUUGGCAUUUUCUACGUGCUUUUCAUCUGCUUCAUUUCCGACUUGGUGGUCGGGCCGGCGUGGGCGAUUACCAUUGCGCAUGUAUGGAACAUUAUUGGUCUGGUCAUCCUGGUCAUCUGGAACGUGCCCGAGAGCGCGCUGUGGUUUGCGUUCAUGACGACGUACAGCUCCGUCGCCAUGUCGGCCGUCCUCUAUGGAUGGGUUAAUACCGUCAUGGGCAAGUCUUCGGCUGAACGUUCGUUUGCUAUUGUGUUGCUGAACACGGUCGCGCAGAGCACGACGGCUUGGACCCAGCUUUUGACGUUCCCGACUAAGGAGGCGCCGCAGUUUAGGAAGGGGUAUUCGUUUGUCUUGGCCAAUGCGGUUUGUUUGAUCAUUACUGCGCAGUUCUUGAAUGUGGCUUUGAAGAGAUCGAAUAAACUUGAAGCGGCGGGUGAUGCUGAGCAGAACGCAGAGACUGGAUCUACGACGGCGUCCAAUUCGGAAAAGGGACAGGAGGAGGUGAACGUGAACGUGACUCCGGAGAAUUUGAAGAGUGGUUAG